UAUAUGUAAAUUAAUGUACACUGCAUUGUUAAUCUAAUUUACAUUCCUCGUUUGCACUUACAUUUGUAUUUGAUUGUUCGUUCACGUAUAUUAUUAUGCAAUUAUUUAUUUUAUGUAUUCAGAAACAUUGAAAAUAAGUUAUCAAAUAAAUUAUUACUUCACGUAAAACCGUUUUAUUUUUUUCUAUCAGAUUACCUUGUUUGACACACAUUGCACUCCUGAAUCAUAAUGUCUUAUAAAUUGGCAAAGAACUUUUUGUUUAAGUUCCUGCAUAAAAACAAAUAAACGCGAGUGCCUUAUUUUUUCAAGAUACUCGAAUCAUUGACAAUAAUGAAGCCGACACAUACACUUUGCAUGACAGACAGAACUAUUUUUAGAAAAUAAUUGUUGCCGGUUCCUCUUAAUGUUCUCGCCACGGAAAUUUAUAUACAUGCCUUCUAUGCGUGUAAUUUAACAUUCUGCGCGUGAUAACAUUUGACCUUGUUUUGACCGUAUCUCAACGAUUAAUAAAACUUAAAAAAUUGACAUAAUUAAUCUUAAAACAUAUGUAACGUUAUUUUCAAGAUGAGUUCGAUUCUUGAUUACACCAUGAAUCACAUAUUAUCAAUAAUAAUAUUAUCGCCUUAGUUAUUUCAAACAUUAUUGUAUAUACAUAUACUUAAAUUAUAAAUUUUGAAUUUUCAUAAUAUUGAUAAGUAGACAAUCUGAUAAAAAGUUACUGAUUCUUUUUCGGAAUAAACGAUGAUUUCAUCUCGAUCUUAAACUUAAUUUCAUCGAUUGACCGUCUUUAACGAUUUUUCGAUGAUCGUUAAAGCGAUGGUGUUUUAAAACGCCAGCUCUGGAAACUUCAGUAAGUCCCAACCAUUAAGAGAUUUGGCGAGAAAGAAGAAAAUGAACACUCAAGCGUUUAGCCUGGCAGAGAGGCUGAUUCCGUCGACAUACGUUCAACAGGGAUUAAAUUCGAAGAAGGCACGCGAAAAUCUCAUAAGACACUUUAUCGAGCACCGAAAAUGGCCAGAAGAAGGAUGGGACGACGCAACGAUAGAGGCAUUUUUAUCAGAUUUAUCUCAGAUGGACAGCAACAAUUUUCCAUCAAAUUGCAGCGUGGGAGAACGCGAGGCAAGAAUAGUAUCCAAUAUUGUGGCACGAAGACAUUUCCGGAUGGGUCAUGGUAUAGGCAGAUCUGGCGACCUGGAAGAGGUCCAGCCAAAGGCUGCUGGAAGUAGUCUUAUGUAUAAAUUAACAAACGCCUUGGUGCUAGACGUAAUCCGCUAUAUGGGAGUAAAGAGCAUAGCAGGAUGUUUUGUUUCCCCAAUGGCGACCGGGAUGAGUCUGGUUCUCUGUAUGUUGACAUUGAAACAAGACAGACCAAGAGCAAAGUAUGUUCUGUGGCCAAGAAUCGAUCAGAAAUCAAGUUUUAAAUCAAUAAUCACAGCUGGUUUGGAGCCUGUGGUAAUAGAGAUGCAGAUAGUUGGUGAUGAGCUGAAAACUGAUAUGCAGAGGCUGGAGGCUCAGAUGGCUGCGUUAGGUGAAAGCGUAGCAUGUGUCCUUACAACAACAAGUUGCUUCGCACCAAGAGCUUGUGAUUCUGUAGACGCCAUAGCAUCUCUUUGUACUCAGUAUAACAUUCCACACUUGGUAAAUAAUGCCUAUGGAUUGCAGAGUACAAGGUGUAUGCAUCUCAUCCAAGAAGCCUCAAGAAAGGGACGUGUAGAUGCCUUUGUACAGAGUACAGAUAAGAACUUUCUAGUUCCUGUCGGUGGUGCUGUAAUUGGUUCAUUCGACAAGAGUUUACUUGAUAGAAUCUCAAAGAUGUAUCCAGGUCGAGCUAAUGCCAGUUCCACAAUGGAUGUCAUGAUUACAUUGCUCAGUCUUGGCAUGGCUGGUUAUAAGCAGUUAAUUGUACAACGCAAGGAGACCUAUUCGUACCUGAAGGAGGAACUUGGUAAACUAGCAGCCAGACACGGAGAAAGACUUUUAGAUACCAAAGGCAAUCCAAUUUCCAUGGGUAUGACACUACAGUGUCUGAGUCAUCAGCAUGAUAAUAAACAAGUGACAAUGCUGGGUUCUAUGUUAUUUCUCAGGAGUGUCAGUGGCACCAGGGUUAUCACAACAACAGAUUCUAAGCACAUUGUUUCGCACAAGUUUGAAGGUUGGGGUGCGCAUAACAGUAAUUAUCCAGUCCCCUAUCUGACGGCUGCUGCAGCUUUGGGCAUGAAGAGAUCAGACGUUGACGCUUUUGUUCAAAGAUUGGAUAAAACCCUGACGAAGGUUAGACGACGUUCCGCACCCGUUACACCAACGGCAUCCUUAGCUGGUUCCAGUAUCAAUGGGGAUGCCGGUGGUACCGGAGGUCCAGGAGAGUCAAGUACUGCAUCUACCAGCCGAGCAAGCAGUAAAGACAGCCUCCGGAAAUGAACCGUAAUCAGCGCAACUGGCCAGUCCAACCAGCACAUUAAUAUAAAUUUGUAAGUGUUCAGUCACUACGAAUAAUCGACGUCGCGUACCCCUGAAUUCAAUUCUCAUUAUAUAAUUUGAAAACAUCAGUAUCGAAACAAUGAAUUAUUAAACAGCCACUUUCUAGCUUUUGUAAUUAAGAUAACCAGUGUAAAGUGAAACUAAGUUUAUUAAGAUAACGUACAUUUGGAAUUACUUCUUUCUAAGGCUUUAAAGAAUUGUUAUCAAUAAUAUACUUUGUUUAAUAACAACGAAUAACGAACAGGGGUACAUAACGUUUGAAUGUGCUGAUUAGUCUGCCAGCUUGCGUUGAGAUAUUAACAAUUUAUCACAAGUGAGCAAAAAAGAUGGAGGGAUCUCAAAUUAAUCGUUCUGAUAACUGGUUGUUUCUCGAAGGAUCGAAUUUAAAAACAGGAGAGGGAAGAGAAUCAGUAACAAUGAAUCUCGUCUGUAUCCGAUAAUUGAUUAUCAUAAGAAUCCCAUCUCUGUCAAUUCCAUACGUGGAUCAGAUCCAGCGUCCAUUUUUCAGUCGGUGAAUUUCUAAGCAAUAUUUGCUGCUCUAAGUUUAAUCUAAGACAUUGUCAAGGCGACACAAUCAACGACGAAAUCGAAUCGUUCUCACGGUUACAGUCCAUUAAGUUCCAGAGCUUCGAUUAGAAUUCUCUGCAUCUGAGAAAUUGUUAAAUAUUCUCUUAUCACAUAAAAGAAACAAGUCAUAAAGCCUCAUCGUCUUUCUCAAAGCUCUGAACUGGACUGUAUCUGAUGAUUUAUCUCCAAGGGAAUGUUAUCUUCUUCAAGAACGAUUCAAUGGCGUCCACAAAGUUUCUACUGCUUAGUCAAGUGGCGUGGAAAGAAGGGGAGGGCUGCCAAUUUAGCAAAGUAAAGCAGGGGAAUGGGUAUUAGGUUUUGGAUUGGGGUAUCAUUCGGGGGCAGGAGGUUAUUUAGAGGUAAUACUCUGCGGUGCAAGAUAAUAACGCAUGACUUUAAAUUGGGAACAUCCGAGAGAAUCAAUACGGUUAAAAUAAAAGAUUUCUAUAUGGGCAAAGAAGCCUUGCGAGUAGAUGAACUCUCGUUGGAUGCUCCCAAGCUUCGUCUCAUAUUAGAAGAAUAGAAGUGAUUAACGAUUAGACGAUGAAAUGAAUGCAAAGACACGCAAGAUAAAUUUCACUUUAGGAACUGCAUGGAUGGUAAAUUCCUUAGCAAUGAUUUUAUUAUUAGAUAAUCGACACUUUACCUUCGAUACGCAAUCGUCUUAUGAAAUAAAUACACACGCAGUACACACGAGAUACUAUAAAAGUGUAGAGAGUGUAUCAUAUAUAUUUGCAAGAAUCAUAGCAAUCGAGCGAUACCCGUAGCUGCGGAUGAGAUUGGAUACUAUUAAUUAGAUGAAAAUUUUAAUAACACAGCAUCCACAGUUAAUAACCAGACAUGUUUUCCUAUUGCGGAAUCGAACGGCCGUUAUUGGGGAUAACUCUUGUGAAUGAGAUAAAUAAUUUUUCAUUUUAUUUUAGCCAUUUCCCAAUGAGGUAUCCUUAGGGGUCACUAAUUCUUAGGGAUUACAUAUUAUCGUGAGUUUAGAUGUAAUUAAUUCAAUUGUAUGCAUCUGACACAUUAUUAUGUAGAUUUAGAAGAGGAUACACUAGAGGACGCGCGGUCGGGUGUACGAUUCAAAAUUUAUAGAAACAUUUGAUGAGAAUCGGGGAUAUAGAGAAUUAAGAUGAAAGAUUCGUUUAAUUGAUCCUCGACUAAGGCGGACCGAUCUAGUUAUUGAAUUUGUUAUUAACUCAACGAUAACAUAGAAUUAUACACAUUGUUAGAGAUCGAUGCUAAUCGUGUUUACGGGAAUACUCAAAUGGCGACGUCGACUCUGAGUCACAUAGAAGAGAUAUUCGAUUUUGAAAAUUCAUUAUCUCAAAACUUAAGAUAAAUCCAAAAUAGGCACAUACACAGGUUAUUCGGCAGCAUUGACGUACAUGAAAUAGGAAGGUUGCGUUUUUACAAAGUUCAUAUGAAAUCACAAAUUUUCAUGAGUGAAUAUCAUUUCGAAAAUAAUCUGAGUGACCAAAUGGCAGAGUUGACGUCGCGCAGAAAUCUCACGUACUGUAACGUUAAGAUAUGAUAUAAUAAUAAUAAUAUUAUUACACCGAUAACGAGGCUACGACAUUAUUUAUUAAAAAUGAAAAUAUUACAUAGUAUGUACUAUAUAAUAUGAGAGACUUUAGAUAAACGUAAUAACAAAUGGUAUCGUAACGGACAUAGAUACCAGCGACAUUCCUAUGUAAAUAAAGUUUUUUCUUUAUCGAUUUAUUCCCAAUUAUUACUCGAUUCGUCAAAAAGGAAGAGAGGAAAGGAGAAGAAGGGAAAGAGAGUGAGAGAAAAGAGCACUGCUUUUAAAACGCACGUAGUUUUCAUUAAUACAUAUGUCAUACGCCUGUUACGCGUUACAUACAACGAUUUUAAUCGACCUAAUUUAGUAAAAUUAUAAAGCACCGUAAAUUAAUUUUGGCACUUGAGUAUUCAUGUUGAUCAUUGUUAAUUUUUCAGAUAAUUUUGAAAAAAAAAUUACCUUUAAGAAAAAUCUAUUGCGAGUUUCGUUCUCGUAAAAUCGAAAAUGAUGACAAUUUCAUGCGAAUCUUAUAAGAGCGCGAAACCAAUUGCCGAUUACUGUAUAUAAAUAUACGUGCGAUUGUUUUAACGAAAUUUUUAGAGGUAUAUUUACAUUGUAAGGCCUUAGAAUUAUUACGAGUCCAUGCAAAUACGCGUAAGCGCGUACGACCUACGACGCAUGUGAAAUGGAUGCGAGGACAUGAUGGACUUCAUACAUACAUAUAUAUAUAUAUAUAUAUUCAAUCAUCACAUAGGAGUAAAGCUCUAUGGAUUGGAAUAAUUUUUUUUUAAUUAAUAAAAGGAAAAAGGCAAUGUACUUUGCAUACGACGAUCUCUACGUAACGUAUAAGGCAGCUCACUCACGGCACACGUGUUAAUCAACCAAAUUUAAUUAGUUAGGAAUUAAUAUAUUAUCUGAGUUAAACGUUAAAUCAUGUGAGUUCUUCCCCAGAUAUGAUUACUGUGUAAUAGCGAACGCUUUAUUUGUAACAUACACACUAUUGGAUAAUUAAAUAUAAAAAAUGUUAAAUAGAA